UUUACACUCCCUGGCAGGCUGGGUGCCGGCUCCCUCGCCCGCCCGCCUGGGAAAGUGGGUUAGGGAGGGCAGGAGCUCAGCUCGGACCCUGGCGAAGGAGCACCCAGCCCGGAGCGGACCGGAGAGGACCCCCUUCCUUCGGCCGCUUUCUCUUCCUCUUUUCCGGAGGGCUUUACAUUUGCACUCUCUCCUUUUAAAUUUUGUUCCCGUGACUUUCCCCCCCACCUCGCGGUUUACGAGGGCUUUGUCGAGUCUCAGAAGGAGGACACCCUGAGCCGGGCGGAGAGCGAGGGAAAGUGGCACGGCACAGACUGGCAAAGCCCGGUCCGCGCUGGCGGUUGAUGAGAGCCCGGUGUUUGUAGAGCCCCUGGGCGUGAGCGGCGCGCACACACCCUCCGGAGUCCGCGGACCUGCACCUCGGCGUGGCCACCAUGGUCGGCAGAGUUCAGCCUGAUCGGAAACAGUUGCCGCUGGUCCUACUGAGAUUGCUCUGCCUUCUUCCCACAGGACUGCCUGUUCGCAGCGUGGAUUUUAAUCGAGGCACGGACAACAUCACCGUGAGGCAGGGGGACACGGCCAUCCUCAGGUGUGUUGUGGAGGACAAGAACUCGAAGGUGGCCUGGUUGAACCGAUCUGGCAUCAUUUUUGCUGGGCAUGACAAAUGGUCUCUGGACCCUCGGGUUGAGCUGGAGAAACGCCAUUCUCUGGAAUACAGCCUCCGAAUCCAGAAGGUGGAUGUCUAUGAUGAGGGUUCCUAUACUUGCUCGGUUCAGACACAGCAUGAGCCCAAGACCUCCCAAGUUUACUUGAUCGUGCAAGUUCCACCAAAGAUCUCCAACAUCUCUUCAGAUGUCACUGUGAAUGAGGGCAGCAAUGUAACCCUGGUCUGCAUGGCCAAUGGCCGUCCUGAACCUGUGAUCACCUGGAGACACCUUACACCAACUGGGAGAGAAUUCGAAGGGGAAGAAGAAUAUCUGGAGAUCCUUGGCAUCACCAGGGAGCAGUCAGGCAAAUAUGAGUGCAAAGCUGCCAAUGAAGUCUCCUCGGCGGAUGUCAAACAAGUCAAGGUCACUGUGAACUAUCCUCCCACCAUCACAGAAUCCAAGAGCAAUGAAGCCACCACAGGACGGAAAGCUUCACUCAAAUGUGAGGCCUCCGCAGUGCCUGCACCUGACUUUGAGUGGUACCGGGAUGACACCAGGAUAAACAGUGCUAAUGGCCUUGAGAUUAAGAGCACGGAGGGCCAGUCCUCCCUGACGGUGACCAACGUCACUGAGGAACACUAUGGCAACUAUACCUGCGUGGCUGCCAACAAUCUGGGGGUCACCAAUGCCAGCCUAGUUCUUUUCAAGCGUGUUUCACCCACAAUCCCCCAUCCCAUUCAAGAAAUUGGCACCACCGUGCACUUCAAGCAAAAAGGGCCCGGGUCGGUGAGAGGAAUAAAUGGAUCCAUCAGCCUGGCCGUCCCACUGUGGCUGCUGGCAGCAUCUCUGCUCUGCCUUCUCAGCAAAUGUUAAUAGAAUAAAAAUUUAAAAAUAAUUUAAAAAACACACAAAAAUGCGUCACACAGGAUACAGAGAGAGAGAGAAAGCGAGAUGGGGGAGACUCUUUAUUUCACAACUUUGUGUGUUUAUAAAUGGAGUGGGAAAUAAGAAAACGAAGAAGAAAAUACAUUUAAAACCAUUUUAAAGUCCAUCAAUAAAAAUUUAAGUAUAAAUCAGGGUGGGAAAAGUUCUACAAGGAUAUGUGUAUAUCGAAGCAAAUGUAUGCUAUAUAAAGACUACAUCAAGCUAA